AUGGUUUCGGCACCACCACCACCCGAGCCAUUGAAGCGCAAAGAGCUUCCUUCUGAACCAUGGUCUCACCUAGCCAUUGAUUUCAUGGGCCCGCUACCUUCAAGUCAUUACCUCCUUGUUGUUGUCGACUAUUUUAGUCGGUUUAUUGAGGUGGAAAUUAUGACAAAGAUUACAACACUCGAAACAAUCAAAAGACUUAGAGUUAUUUUCGCACGUUUUGGUCGACCUAAUUUCAUAACAGCUGACAAUGGAACGCAAUUCAUCAGCACUGAGUUCAAAGAACAUUGCAAUGAAAAUAAUAUACAAGUAAUUCACUCUACACCAUUUUGGCCACAGCAGAACGGGGAAGUGGAGCGCCAAAAUCGAUCUAUUUUAAAGCGCCUUAAAAUAAGUCAGAAUUUACAUCACGAUUGGCAAAAAGAGUUGCAGGACUAUUUGUUAAUGUAUCGUUCUACGCCACACUCUACCACAUUAAAAUCACCGUCGGAGUUAAUGUUUGGCAGAACAAUUAGAGACAAAUUACCACAAAUAAAUCAGCCUUUUGUAUAUGACGAAGAAUUACAUGAUCGUGACAAAACAAAGAAAGACCAUGAGAAACUUUAUGCGGAUGAAAAACGUGGUGCUAAAGAUAAUAUGAUAGCAGUCGGAGAUUUAGUGUGGUUAAAGAAUUUGGUCAAUACAAACAAGCUGUCAGUAACGUUCGAACCAACUGAUUUCAAAGUAAUUGAACGCAGUGGUUCAGAGAUUGUCGUGGAAAAUCUUGAAACAGGAGUACGUUAUCGACGAAAUGUUUCGCACGUCAUACGUGUGCCAGUACAAAAUGAAGAGGAAAAUGAUGAAGGACUGAAACAAAGCACAGAUCAAAUGGACUUAAGCUACCAGGGACCAACAACCAGCAAGAGAGCAAACUCGGAUGACUUACCGCCUCGCAAGAGAAGAGCACCAGCCAAACUCCAGGAUUAUACCCAGUAA